AUGGAGAAGGAGAUGAAGGGCCUUAAAGUGGAGAUGGAGAAGCUAAGGCCACCAGAGCUCGAUAGGAAUGACAAGCAGUGUCUUGUGCGAGAAAACCGUGGUCAGACGCGAUCUCAGCGAACAAAAAGAAAUCUCAGGGUACCUCGAGAAGGCACAAAUAGCCAGACAAAGGAACCAGAGUUGGCUACGCCGCAGACGAAAAUCGUGCCGCUGAAAACGAUAAAUGAUCAAAAGAUCGUAGUAAACAGGCAGUCGGGCGUUAGUUCGCCGAAUCAAACCGUCCUAAAUCAGUGGAAGGCGGUAGCCGGGAUAUCCGCGAUGAAGAAUCUGCAGGUAUGAUUAAACCACAAGGCCGUCUAGUUGAUCGCAGUAAAUGCAUCGUUAUAAAGGGCAUGACGGAGUCUGUUUCUGACACUCCAAAGGACAGAAUACAGCAUGACAUAGAAAUAUUCCAGGAAUAUCUCAAAUCGAUCUUAAUAAGAGACGAGAAAGUCACAGUAUUAAAGGCUUUCAGGAUGGGCCAGACUAAAGACUCAAAACAUGAACCAGACCGGCCGAGACCAUAAAAAUUGUCCUUUAGAAUAACGAGCAAGCGCAGCUAAUUUUGAGCAGGAAAUCUGCGCUUCAACAUGCCCAUCCAUUGGUUUUUUCAGCUGGACUCUGCACCCGCGGAUCGAGAAAAAUGGAGGAGGCCCAACCUGGAAGUCCUCAGGCGGUCGAGUCUGAGCGAGACAAAUCUCGGAAUAGUGGACGGAAAAAUUAUACGCGUCCAGAGGUAAUUCCUCUGGAGAAAGAUUAUAACUCCAACAGCUUAGGAGUGAUGGAAAGCAGUUCAUCCCCAUCAGCUCAGACCGGCUUUUGCAUUCAAUCUCAGGAAAUGGAUAAACGCGUGUAUGCCGUUUCGAGGAUCGACGAACUCAAAGCGAUAUUAUCCGAACGAAUCCCGACGUCGUCGCCAUAACGGACAAUAUACGGGCCAAAUUCUUGAAAGAAUUGGCGAAUGAACUCUCCAAGCCACUGGCACACAUCUUCCGCUCGUCAUUCGAAUUAGAGAGGUUGUCAUCGGAAUGGAAGACAGCAAAUAUCUAUCCGAUAUACAAGGGCGGAGCUCGCACUAAUGCUAACAAUUACCGGCCUGUUAUUCUAACCUGUAUCUACUGUAAAAUAAUGGAGGCCAUAGUUAAGGAAGCAACAAUGAAGUUCCUGGAGCAGGGUCAUUUAAUCUCACCUACAGCACGGUUUCAGACAGAACCGCUCGUGCCUUUCCAGUUUAUUUCUCUUGACGGAGCAAUGGACUCGCGCACUGGACGAGGAUGGUAGGGUCGAUGUUAUCUACACAGACUUUAAGAAAGCGUUCGACAGCGUCCCACACAAACGCCUUAUCUACAAACUUUCUGAAAUUGGGAUAAGAGGAAGGCUGCUGUCAUAGAUAACAGAUUUUUUACCGGGAGAUCACAAACCGUGUGCAUCGAGGCCUCAAGGUCAACCCCUACCCCCGUUCUAAGUGGCGUACCCCAGGGCUCCAUCUUAGGGCCGUUGCUAUUCCUGGUUUACAUUAACGACUGCGUCGACGACCCGGAAUGCAGCGCCAUCAUGUUUGCUGACGAUGUUAAGCUGUGGAGAGCCAUCAGAUCUGACGCAGGCAGGUACGCGCUUCAAGACAGUCUAACUCGGCUUAAGAGUUGGUCAACUCGUUGGCUUCUUAAUUUUAAUGCGGACAAAUGCGUGGUCCUGAAACUCCGCACGAAAAAGACCAGUAAGGAGGACAAAUACUUUUAAUACGUCUCUGGUGGUCAGCCCCUUUCAAAUGUUGUGAAACAGAAAGACCUGAGCGUCCUAAUGACCUCCUCGCUGAAACUAUCAUCACCGUGUCAAAAGGCAACCAGAUGUGCUAUACAAAUGUUAUUUGCCCUGAGGCGAGGAUUUGUGCAGAUCGAUAAAGAGCGGUUCGGGAAAACCUAAGGGGCGUUCGUCCGGUCUCACUAAGAGUACGCAGUCCAGGCCUGGCGACCGUGGUUGAAGAAAGUUCAUCAACGACCGGAAAGAGUACAGGCGAUGGCUACGAAGAUGGUCAAGAAUCUUCAUCAUCUGCCUUACGAAAUCAGGCUGACUGAACUAAAUCUGUUUCCUCUUAAUUACAGGCAACUGCGCGGCGAUCUCAUUCAAACCUACAUGAUUGUCAGAGGCCGUGAGUGUGCCCUAGACUUUGAUGAAUUCUUCGAAUUGGCCGGGACUGACCGCCUGCGUGGUCAUCCCUUCAAACUGCAGAGGAAGCUGGCCCAUUCUGACGUCCGACGGAACGCCUUCUCUCACAGGGUCAUUGGGACAUGGAACGGACUCCCUGAUGCAGUGAUUCUUUCCGAAGGUAUCGAUUCCUUCAAGUGUAGACUAGAUGCUCAUUUGUUGAGAAAUUACUGUAGAUAUACUAACGAUUGUUUUAGCGGCAGCAGUUUGCGCGUGGCUCACACCGCUAAUUUUUUAACUUUCCGCAUUUGCUGAUGUAAUUGAUGACUUUAUUUCUGUUUAUCGAUAUGAAUAGGGAGCUCAAGGGCGAAAGCCUCAUUCCCUUUAUAGACUGUCUGAAACUGACUUAAACGUUCAGAGUUUACUACCAAAGUCCGACGAGCUGAAGACCCAUCUCUGUGUUCUAUCCCCUGAUGUGAUCUCUUUAACAGAAAACUGGUUGACCCAACGUAUGGAUGACCCUGAGUUAACCUUGCCUGGCUGCUAGAUGUUUAGAAGGCAAGGGGAAGAGCGUCACGGAGGAAUACUCACGUACGCGAAACAUGGGGUAAGUGUGUCGGGCAAAACCGGCAAAUUUUCGUGUACUUCCGAGGCAGUCUCGCUGUCUAGUUCGAUGCCGGUUCCAUCGAGCCUCUAUGGCCUGACAGUUUAUCGACUGCCCAGACGAGACAACAUGGCCGACGUUCGCCUCUGGAUGAGCUCGAAAUUUUUCUACGCGGCCGGAUAUCCUGAUCAUGGGUGACUUUUAUCCGCCCCACAUUGACUGGAGCUCAGCCCACGCAAAUAGCUCCGAACGGACCUUCGACAGGUGUUUUGUUAGCACGACACUGAAGUUAUUUCUCACUUAAUACGUCACGUUUCUAACUAAAGUACGCGAAGUCCAACAGGCUAACUGCCUUGAUCUUGUCCUUACGAAGUCACAGGACAGCACUGAUGAGGUGUCAUUGCUACCCCCUCUAGGUAAAAGUUACCACCUCGUUCUUCUAUGGGAUUACCCAGUCUUUUCCAUGCCCGAGAGACCUAUAACAGUUCUAAGAAACAUUUGGCGCCGAGAUUUUAACCAAAUGCGUGCUGACAUUACAGGCAUUGACUGGGAGUCCGUAUUUGUUGGAAACAUUCUCGAUGACUGGCAACGGUUCCGAGAAAUACUGCACAGGCUUACCUCAAGCCACUGUCCGCUCUCAUGAAAGAGGUUUACUAACAGACGCAAGUCUUGAAGAAUGGCGUGAAUAAAAAGCGAAGGCCGGGGAAAAAACGCUUUCUGACAGGAGCCCCACAUCCAUAAACGCGAACAAAUUUCAAAGAAAUCGACCCGAGAAACUUAUCCGCAGAAGUGGAUUUGCUUAACCCUGCCGCGGAGAACCCUAAAUUAUCCUACGGUUACAUCAGACAAAGCAUACAUAACAAAGACCCAAUACAAAUGCUAAGGACUGCUGAAGGUGAAAAUCUUACUGAAGACAGAGUGAAGGCUGAUCAUCCUUCAGGGUUUUUUCGAUCUGUUUUUACUAAAGGGUGCUAGAUUCAAUCCUCCUGCGAGUGACUUCUAAGAGGCCACAAUUACUGAGACCGUUCAGUUCACUUGGGGCAUGAUUCUGAUGGAGCUGAUGAAGCUAAAGGAAUCAACAUCACCAGGUCUAAAUCAGAUUGUUGCAAUGAUUUUGAAGGAACUCGCCGGUGAGUUGACCAGACCAUUCUCUAUGCUUUUCCAUGCAUCCUUUGUGGCCAGGCAUCUGCCAUCCGAAUGGAAAUCAGUGUGGAUUACGCCUCUGUAUAAGGGCAGAAGUCAGGGGUCUGCAAACAAAUUACAGACCAGUCGGCCUCACCUCUAUUUUCUGCAAGAUUAGGGAGAAAACCAUUAAGAAACAAUUGAUGAAGUUCCUUAAACAGAACCAUCUACUUUCCGAUUUCAAGGACGGAUUCAGAAAAGGCAGGUGAGUCUCAGUGGAUGAGCUCAAUCUCUCAUCGCUGUUGGUCAUUUCGGAACAUAAAUAUGUCAAGUUUCUUCUUAAAACUUUGUACCGAUGAUGACAUUUCAACACCCGCAAGGAGAGCAUUCCAUGGUUUGACCACUCGAACAGAGAAGUAAGACUUCCGCGCAUCCAGCCUUACCAGCUGAGUAUGCAGGUUAAACCGGUGACCUCUGAGUUUGGUCGUGGUAACAAAUUCAAAAAUGCCCUCGGAGGCCAGGCUGCAAUCCAAACCUUUCGCUAUGAGGAAAGCUUGCAAGAGAUCCCCGCGAAGUUGCCUGUAACUCAAAGGGAAGAGGUUCAGAUUUAUUAGGCGGGUUGCAUAAGGAAAUGGGCUUUGAUCUCUAACUAUGUUCGUGGCUCUCCUCUCAAGUCUUUCGAAUCAGAUUUGAUCUUGAACCGUCACGAUCUCCGGGCUUGUAUGCCGUAUUCCAAGUGCGGUUGGACGAAUGUUCCUAAUGUCUUUGAGAAAGCAUCUUCUUCAAAAUCCAUAAACGCACGCUUGGUGGCGUACAGUACGGACAUUGCGCUUUUUGCCACUCUCAAACAAUGAGCGGAUGGUUUUAAGGAACUCGUCGUCAGAACACCGAGGUCCUUUUGGGCUUUGACUUCUCGUAGUGUUGCACCAGCCAGGAAGUAGUCUCUUGUGCUGGCGGAUCUGGCUGUGUUGACUAGGCGAAGUAUGCUAUAAUUACCAACGUUGAACCCAGGGAGCCAACUGUUUGACCAUUCUUCCAACCGAUUUAGGUUUAUCUGCACUCUGUCUCCGUCGGCAGGACCCGAAUUACACUCCAUAGCUUUAUGUCGCCUGAGAACAUUGCUACUUCGCAGUCCAAAGCUCUUGCGCAAUCGUCCACGUACAUAAGUAACAAAGCGGAUCCCAAUACUAAACCGUGGGGAACACCCUUUUCGAGCACCGCAGAAUCUGAUCUUCCUUGACCGAUGCACACAACCUCCUGUAGACCCACAAGGAAGUUUUCGAUCCAAUUGAAGAAGUUGCUUUGUUCCCUAUUAUCUUCGGCUAGUGUAACAGUCUCUGAUGUGACACAGUGUCGGACGCCUUCUGGAAAUAAAUGAAAGCUAUGUGAACCGUGUGACUGUGGUCGAGAGCUCGGUUCCAGCUCUGGAGAGAUUGCAGCAAGCUUGUCGUGAAGGGUCUUCCUUUCCGGAACCGAUGUUGGUAGUUCGAUAGCAAGUAGUGAACUUCAAGGAAUUGCAUAAAUUCACUCUUUAUGAUCUUCUCCAUAACUCUGAAGAGAAUGCAUGUCAAGCUUAUGCGCCUGUAAUUUGUUGUCGAUGCCAUGCUGCCUCCUUUGUGUAACCGAGUAAUAUACACCCGCUUCCUAAUGAUAAGAAGUGUUCCAGCGUCAAAAGACGCUUGAAAGAGCAUCAAGAAAGGCAAAUAAAGCUCAUUAGCUUCGGUGGAAUCUCGUCCGGUCCUGAAGACUUAGAUUCCUUCAAUGCCCCUAAUUCUCUUCGGACAAUAUAUUCUGAGAAAAAAUAUAUUACUUAUGCUUGGAGUCCGCAGUUUUUUGUGAACUGAGGGAGGAAGUUUGCCUCGUUUAUGUUGACUGAUUAAAGAAAUUAUAAAAAAUGCACAGCUUUGUCCCUGUUAUCAGCAAUCCCAACACCGCCGGUAGUCCUUAUUAAGGGAUUUGAUGUAUGUUCCUGGUACUUCUUCUGAGGUAGCUGUGGAGUAAUUUUGGUUUCUAUAUUGCUUUUCACAGCAAAUUCUUCUCAAAUUCACGGCGCCUCUUUAUAAUCAUGCUUCUCAGUUUGUUUCCGCGUAUCUUGCAGGUGUUGAAAUACCCAACUUGCCAAGUGGUGCAGUAUUUUCUCCACAAUUUUUGCUUCCUGUUGAUUUCAUUCUUGAGGUUGCUGUUAAGCCACCCAGGGCGUUUGUCCAGUCUUAUACUCGUCAGUGGGCAGUGGUUGCUGGUGAGCUGCAGAAGAACGUUCUUGAACAACUCCCAGUCAUCGUUGGCAUUACCCGUAAACGUUGGUAUCCAGUCGAGACCGGAUAAGUCUGCCCUCACUUUAUUGAAGUCGCCCAGCCAAGAGUCGCAUCUUUUUUGCAGAAUGGAGAAUAACGAAUAAUCCCACAUAGGCACUACAUGGUCACUUCGGCCAAGGAGCGGAAUGGAGAUGAUUUCGUCCAUGCUGUCUGAUGCCUCCUUAAAAACGAAAACAUGAAAACUAUAUGCUGUCCAAACACCGUUUCUAGGGGGAAGUUCGUAGACUGAGGACCUUUAUCGGGUAAGCCAACAUCCUAUUGCCUAUUAAUUGAUAAAGAUCGCGUUUCUUGUGUGGACACCUCACGUAUACACCAGCCUUCAGCUUAUGGCUGGCACCUGAGCCCAUAUAAACCGAAUGAGACGGCUCAUGUGAGAUGGAGCACGAGCUAAUUAGCCCUGUCAGGCCAGACGCGAGGAAAGCCGCGAGCGCUAGCAUGCACACACGCUCACAUUUUCUUACUUACUUGCGCACGCUUGGCCGACGUGAAUGUCUCCUCAGUCGCCGAUCAUUAACCAAGAGGGUUUGUGCAGAAUAAAUCUCUCCUUUUGACCUCCUUCGUCUUCUACCGCCAUCUAGUUGUGGGGUUUUCAGAGUACACCACUUAGAUUGACCGUUUUACCAAUGCCUUGACAGUACAGCUGACACUCUGCGUAUUGUAAAGUCUCUUCAGAUAAACGAAAUGAAUUCGUUGCAGCGGAUAACAUUGCGCACGUCUUUCCUGAAGAAAACAGGGUAUAGGGGUGUCUAGUUGUGGAUCCACGUGAAGGUCUCAGUAGGUCGCUCACUUUGUUGCAGGUGUUGGCUACUCCUUGCGUCCAUUAACUGGCACCCAACUCCCUCAUGUUGCUCCUCGAAUCUAGGCCCUACCCAUCGGUCACACCCCGAUAACUGCCCAAACGGGGAAGAUAAGUCAGAUGAGGGCAUCCAUGUGUGCAUUCCCACACUUAGUAAUUCUGCUCACUUCCAUCUCCCUCCCAAUCCUCCUCCCAGUUCAUCAUCUCUCCUCCUCCCUUUUUACUUCAUCCCUCUCCGCCCCACUUCUUAUCCCCCGUUCUCCUCCAAUCUUCCCCACACUCCUUCUCCUCUAACCUCCUCUUAUUCCGUCGGUCCGCUCCAAAAUUCCCCUCGCGUUCUCCCCCAAUCCACUCUCUACCCUAGUCGCCGACAAAUCCUACGGCUAGAACAAGAUGCAAUCAGGCAGGCGACCCAGGCCAAUGGUAGUUCUCUUAAAAAGCCUAGCGACCCAUAGUGUUUGGUGCGGCUAAGCAGCCUCAUUUAGGGACAGCACCUCUCACCUCCUCGUGCCCCAGACAAAUGCUGGGGCCACGGCAUCUGCGCACAGACCGCGACUCACAGACUGCAACACAUGCGGUCAAAACCACCAAACGGGAAAUAAUACUAUCUCACUCAAUCUUCCUCCUCCUCCUUCUCCUCUUCCCCCCUCCUCCUCCUCCUCUUCCUCCUCCUGCUGCUGCUGCUACUGUCACCUCCGUCCCACCACAGAGGCUGCUAGGGUGAGUCCGCUCACUCAGGCAGUCUGGAAUGCUCGUUCCCUUUUAGACAAUCCGGUGAUCAGUCGGCCGGAACGAAGGACGACAGUAGUUAAUUGAAAACUGGAGCGCUAUAAGAUGGACGUCGCUGCACUCAGAAAGACCCUUUCACGGAACAGGGCCAAGUGGGUGAGGGGGUAGGUAUCGAUUAAACCUUCUUCAGGAGCGGUCGCUCAAGCCAGAGUGACGAGAUGCGGGCUUCGCCUUUGUCCUCCGGGACGACAUCGCGGGACAACUCCCCUGACUGCUACAGGGCAUCAACGAACGACUCAUGACGCCGAGCCUGCCUAUUCGUGGAUUCAAAUUCAACGCCAUCAACCGCGUCUAAGCCUCCGACAACUAACUCUGAUGCGGCAAGGAGCAUAUUCUACGAGGACAUGCAGACCUGGCAGAUAAGAUGAUGGCACUUGUUGAUUUGAACGUCCGCAUCGAUACAGAUCAUGCUGCCUGGAGAGGAGUGCUGGGUCCCAUGGCCUCGGGGUUUUCAAUGACAAUGGUUUACUCCUCCUGCGAACCUGUGUAAAGCAACGCCUCAUCCAGACCAACACAUUUGUCAGAAUGCUGAAGCAGGAGAAGGACAUCUGGAUGCACCCUCGGUCGCGACACUGGCACCUGCUGGACUAUGUCCUCGUAUGGAGGCAAGACCAGUGGGGAUGUGCUGGUGACAAAGGUGAUCCGGGGUGCCCACAGAUGGACUGACCAUCGCCUCGUCCUCUCCAAGAUGAGGAUCCGCCUACUGCCUCGCAAAAUUCCUCAGGGCGAAGGACCACAAUGUAGGCUGAGUACUCUUGUUGGAUGUGCCUGCUCACCAUCUCCUCUUCAGCAACGAGCUAGCUCAGCGAAUAGCCAAAUUCCCACUCACCGCCACCGGUAACGAGGAAGCCUCCGAAAGGAACCGACGGUGCCAACUGAGGGACGCAGUUUAGCCAACCCCCCUGAAUGUCCUCGACCGUGCACGUCGCCAACACCAGGACUGGUCCAACGACAACGAUGCCGUCAUCUGCAGCCAGCUCGCCAAAAAGAAUCGUCUGCACAAAGCCUAUGCCAGCCAGCAGCCGCACAGCGACGCAAGCAAAUUAGCAUGCUAAAGAAGUCGCCGCCUUGUACAACACCAGCUGUAGGAGAUACAGGACGUCUGGACGGCUCGUAAGACCAAGCAUGUUCAAAAGUACGUGGACCGCAACGAGUGGAAGAACUUCUUCGCCAUUAUUAAGACUGCCUAUGGUCCUACAGCUAAGGAGCCGCUCCUCUUCUCAGCGUCGACGGAACUACCUUACAUACUGAGAGGACGCCAAUUUACAGUGAUAGGCCGAUCACUUCAGAGACGUCCUCAGCCGUCUCUCCACCAUCUCCGACACCACCAUCCUCCGUCUGCCUCAAGUGGAGGACAACGACGAACUCGACCUCCCACCCUCUCUCCACGAAACCAUCAGGGCCGUGCAGCAAUCCUCCUGUGGGAAAGUGCCUGGAUCCCUACUGAAAUCUACAAGCACGACGGCCCCCAACUUAUAAAUCACCUGACAGUGGUCUUCCAAGAGAUGUAGCACCAAGGAGAAGUCCCUCAUGAUUUCAAGGACACCACGGUCGUCCAUCUUUAAAAAAUGAACAGUUAACUCUGCGAAAAUCACAGAGGAAUCUCGCUGCUGAACAUCUCUGGAAAAAUAUUUGUUCGUGUUCCCUUCAAUCGCCCCAACACUUAUCUGGAACAGGGACUCCUUUCAGUAAGCCAGUGCGGUUUCCGCCGUCAUCGUGGCACCACUGACAUGAUCUUCGCUGACCGCCAGCUGCAUAAGAAAUGCCACGGGAAAAACGAUGAUUAUGCACCAAACAUCACCCAACGCUGCCUACAAUCCACCCCACAUCAGCGUGAACGGCGCCCGACUGCAAGUCGUAGACACCUUCACCAAUUUGACAACAUCCUCUCACGGUUCACAAAAGUCGACGACGAAGUGGCCCGCCGGAUCUCCAAGGCCAACCAUGCAUUUGGUCACCUGCAGAACACCGUCUGGAAUCAUCACGGUCUUCACGUCAGCACCAACUUCAAGAUGCACAAAGAGGUCAUCCUGCCGACGUUUCUGUAUAGAGCGAAGACUUAG